AUGGUGAAAAGUGACCCUACACUCGCAAUGCACAUCAGAGAAUACGUGAUUGCAGGCAGAAGACUCCCAUCAGAAAAGGACGAGAACCCUACCAUUUACAGGAUGAGAAUCUUCGCAAGUGAUGAGGUCAAAGCUAAAUCGAGAUUUUGGUAUUUCGUCAAGAGAAUGAACAAAAUCAAGCCUUCCCAUGGAGAAAUCGUUUCUGUGAAAGAAAUCAAGGAAAAAAGAACUCUCCACGCCAAGACCUAUGGGAUCACUUUAAGGUAUGAGACCAGGACUGGAGUCACCAACAUGUACAAAGAAUACAGAGAAACCUCAUUGUGUGGUGCAAUUGGAAGACUCUAUAUGGAUAUGGCUGGCCGCCACAGAGCAAGACCAGAAACCAUCCACAUCGUCCACACCAAGGUCUUACAUACUUAUGAUCAGGUCAAGCGUUCAACUACAGGACAAUUUUACAACUCCAAGAUCAGAUUCCCAUUAUUGCACGAAACAGUGAGAGCACCUUCUAAAGCCUUGAGAUCAACCUUUGUGGCAGCAAGACCUCUUACUCGUAGUCACUAA